CCGAGCGGAAGUGCGCAGCGGCGGGAGGUUCGGUUGUUGCCGGGAGACCAGGCAGCCCCCUGCUCCCUCGCCAGGCCCUGCUGCGUCGGCGGCCCCUGCUGCGGGUCGGGACGAGGGACCCUGAGGCGAGAGGAGUUUCAAGUCUGGCUGUAGCGAAUGCCAAGAGGCAGAGGAAAGGAGAAUUAUUAGUAACGGAACUCUCUUUCCUGGGAAUAAGGAUAUUCUGUGAAAAAGAGAAGCGGAGCAUGGUGCAGAUUGUGAUUUCCAGUGAUGGGGCUGAUGGCCUGGCAGAGUGGGUGCUGAUGGAGCUGCAGGGAGAGAUUGAGGCUCGCUACAGCACCGGACUGGCUGGAAACCUCUUGGGAGACCUGCAUUACACCAGAGAGGGGGUCCCUGUGCUCAUCGUGGGCCAUCACAUUCUUUAUGGGAAGGUAGUGCACCUGGAGAAGCCCUUCGCCGUCCUCACCAAACGUUGUGCCAGUGAGCACGGCUGUGACCGCAGCCCCACAGGGGCAGCUGCCCACUACCUGGUGACUGCUCUGAUCAAGACCAAGCUCCUCUUCAAAACCCGCCCCAAGCCCAUCAUCACCAACGUGCCCAAGAAAGUAUGA